GAAUAGUGAUGAGAAAUGGAUAAAAAAUAUUUAUGAGUAAUCAGAUAACCAGUGGAUUUUUUUUUUUAGUUAAAACAUUGAAGAAAAUUCAAAUAAAUUUUUUUACUUGAUUAUUACUUUGGUAAGUUUUUGUGAUUGGACGAAAUUUAGUAAACGAAUUGAGAGUUCACCGUGACAGGAUAUAUAUUUUUUUCUCCACUCGCAAAUUGUCUAAAGUGGUGUAUUACGAUUAGAUAAGACUUCGGUUCAUAGUGCGCUUGAGAUGCAGACCUCAUAAGAGACCGUGAUUUUGACGAAUCGGUCUCAGUUUAAGACGCGUUUUCAUACUCGCAAAUUCUCUAUCUGAGACAUGUUAUUACUCAGAUUUUAAAUUUCAAAUUACAACUAAAAUGAAAAUUUUAUUUAAAUUAUUUUGUGAUAAAUUGUGGUCAUUUUUUUCACUGUAAUUACAAUCAUAAUUUUUUUUUUAAUUACAUUCUCAAGCCAACUGUUGGAGUAUGAAUUAAUUUGCUCAUUACUUUAGUGUGCGUUUGGAUAAAAAGUGAUACAGAUAAAAUUUACUCCAUAUUGAAUAAAUAAAAAAAAUAUCAAAAUGCCGACUUGCGCGAGUGAUAAUUCAUUGCACUUUUAUCCAUCCAGAUGUCCAUCUGCCUCAUGCAGUAAUAGCGUGUCGCCAAUGUUACCAAGUUCUCCUAUCUCCAGUUCGCCGACGCAGAUGAGUAUGAUGACAAAUUACAAACGUUCUAUUUCCGACGUUUCGAAUUCGUCUCAAUCUUCAGCCUGGUCUCAGGAGUCUGAAGGUUGUGCUACUGCACCAUUGACUGUAAAAAUGCGGCAACGUAAUCGUGAACUUCAGCAUCAGCAUGAACUUGAAUCACCAUCGCCAUCACCGCCAACCCAAAGUGCCGAUAAUCAAAACUCGCUAAAACAAAAUUCACCCAAACGGGGUAUUCUGAUGCGUUUAAUACUGUGGUACUUUAAUUUGAUAAUUCAUAUUCUCAGUGGAAUAAUGAACUCGAUAAUGUUUAUGAUGCGUGCACCGGCAGUUUGGGGAUCUGUUUGGGUCUGCAUAUUUCUCGUUAUCCUCCAGUUACCUCUGGCUUUUCUUAAAUAUUUUCUUUCAAUGUUAUACACACCGGUAUCAGAACUAGCUCGUAAUAAGAGAUGCGUCCUGAUAAGCGGUGGGAGUACCGUCCAAGCAGUACAUCUUGCUAGAAAUUUCUACAAAGCUGGUGCACGAGUAAUCGUCUGUGAAACAGAAGGUCUAUUUGGUUUGGCACGUUUCUCCAUAGCUUGCUCUAAAUUUUACACAGUGCCACGGCCCAACCUUAACAACACAACGGAGUACAUAAAAGCCCUGAAAAAUAUCGUCGAAAAAGAAAAAGCCGCUUACUACAUACCAGUCAGUUCAACGAGUCCAGCUUACUAUGACGCACUGGCAAAACCGCAUUUGGAGGUAUUGGGCUGUGAGUGUUUUGUACCAUGUGCAAGUGUAGUAACAGCUCUGGAUGACCCUUUGGAGUUGUUGAAACGUUGUCAAUCGGUGGGCUUGUCGACUCCAGUUCACUUUAUUUUGAAAUCCGUUGAUGACGCAUUAAUGUUAUACGAAACUGGUGCUUUGAGAUCUGGUAGGCAUAUGAUGUUAGCAGCUGGUCUUGCUGGUCUAAGGGACCGUGUCAAAGUACCGUUGCCACCAAGUGCCCAAGAAUUCCAAAAUAUUCGUCAUGAUAUAAGCGAAAAGAAGCCUUGGGUCGUCGUCCGCGACCCAGGUGGUCCACAUUUCAUAACUUGCACUACAGUUAAAAAUUCAAAGGUGGUCGCCAACGUCAUUUGCCGCGUAGACGAAACCAAAGGCCUGAUACCAGAAACAAGAAACGACAUAUUGAAUUGGCUUGAACGUUUUUUCUCGCGUUCAUUUAGCUUGACGCCGAUAAACGGUCAUUUGAGCUUCAGACUUGUCGUCUCUGAAAACAAUGAGCUGGUGUCAAUAGGAUGUCGGGUCGGCAUUGGGUUGCCUUACGUCUGCUUGACGAGUGUCCACCCACGACUCGUGUGGCGACCGUGCCGGCACUUUUCACGGCAAAGUUCCGGGCCAUUGCUGGUCGGCGAACCCUGUCAGAGCAAGGAAAAGGCAUUUGCUAGUGCUCUCAAACAAGCCAAUGACAAGAAUACCAACUUUUUCGGCAGUGUCAUAAACAAAAGGGAUGCUCUCUUUGUCUACUGGGACCCACUACCUUACUGUGCUUAUUAUCAUCUUCAAUUACCGUUCAUUCGUCUCGCAGGAAUACUUAGAGCGCAGCCAAAUCAACACAAUCCACCUCUUGCUGUUGUUCAGUGAAUUUUCUAGAAUAAUUAAACUUAUCUCAAGUGCUGUUUAUAUUUUUUUUUGGACAAAAUACUUAUAAAUAAUAACAAUUUUAAAAUUUUACUUGCAGUAAAAUUAAUUAUUAUUUAAAAUUUUCAUAAAAUUCAUCAGUGGUCAAAAUAUAAAAAAAAACAUUAUCAUCAAAUGUAAUUGUAUUUUUGUUCGUAAGCAAUAAUACGAUUUGGUACAUAAAUAUGUUGAUAUAUCUACAUGUUUAUUUAGUAUACUGUUGAUGAUAUUAAUAUGUGAGCUUGGGUGGAAAAUUUAUUGCAUUAUUAUCUCGCGGCCUACACACUCUCGACAAAUAUAAUUAAAUAUGAGUGUAGGAAUAUCUCAAGCACACUUUUAGCAUUGCCUGACAAUAAAACAGAGUCCGAGGGAGUUAUUGUUUAUUAUUAUUUUUAAUUUGUAAUGUUUUAACGUGCAGCACAUAUGUACAUAUAUUAUUAUUGUUAUUAUUUAUGUAAAUUAUACUAGGUAUGUACAAAUUACUUUGUAAAGGAAUAAUUUUAAAUUUUAUACACUUAUAAGUAUAUAAAUACAUGAUGAUGAAUAAAAAAUGAGAACGCAAGAUAUAAGAGUCUUUAAGAUUAGUGAAGUAAGUGUGAAUGACUCUUGAUAUAUAAAUAUA